AUGCGGGCGGAGUCAACGGUGUCAUGAGCGACGGAAUGGUGCAGAUCAGUGAAGAUUUCCAACGUCGCUUUAAUAAUUGCUGACAAUUAAACUCACAUAAGAGGAAAUAAUAAUUUUAAGGAAUAGUUAUCUCAUUUAUAAAUUUCAGAUUUAAUGGCGGGGACAAUUGCUCAAGCAAAAAUUAAUAUUUCCAGACUUGUGAACAGUCGCUCGUACACCCGGUUCAAUCAGUCUCGAAACCCAGAUGGAGAGAGCAGCCAUGUGGAAGUGAAGCUGUCUGUGGAUGGUGAAGAAGAAGAAGAAGAGGAGGAGGAGGAGGAGGAGGAGGAGGGGAUGGAUGAUGCUACUGAGCAAGGUCAUGUACAACAUGAGACUUACACGAGACCCAGUCAUCCAGUGCCUUUGAACAAGAGGAAGAUUAUUUGUUCAGUGAUCGUUGUACUGCUCUUCUUCUGUUUGGGUACACUCAUUGGCUAUGCUGCCCAACAUACGUCUAAACCAGCUUCCUGCCCUACGCCUGACCGCGUGGAUAAGGAAGACAGUAGUGAAGUUCAACCAAGUUUUGACGAUCCUGCACCCUCUAUGGAUUGGAAUGACAUUGUUAAGCUUAUGAAUAAGAAACUGUCACCUAAUGCCAUUCAGGAUAAAUUAAGUGAGUAUUCCAAGGGUGACCGUCAGGCAGGAUCAUCUGGAGAUAACUUGUUGGCUGUUAAAAUCCAUGAAACUUUUGAGAAACUUAAAAUGCAAACCUGGUUUGAUGAGCAUUAUGUAAAACUACAGUAUCCUAACAGCUCCAAUUCAACCAAAGUUUUGUUUGGUUUAGAGGUGAUUGGAAACCCAAAUGGUUUCCUCGCUUACAGUGCAACAGGAUCUAAAGAAGGCAGAGUGGUAUAUGCCAACUAUGGUAACCGGGAGGACCUGAAAGAAGUGAAGGACAGUGGAAUAAAUCUACAGGGGUCUGUCAUACUGCUUAGAGCUGGAAAAAUCAGCAUAGCUCAGAAGGUGGCAAAUGCUGCUGAGAUGGGUGCCGUAGCAGCUCUGAUCUAUCCAGACCCAGCCGACUAUAAAACAUUGCUUCCAGAUACUGAACUAUAUGGUCAGGUCCACUUGGGAUCAGGUGAUCCUUACACUCCAGGAUUCCCAUCUUUUAAUCACACCCAGUUUCAUCCCAAGUCGUCUGGGCUUCCAAAUAUACUCGCUCAGACGAUCACUGCAAACAUGGCACGCAAAAUCUUGGAGAAAAUGGGAGGAAAGGAUUCCCGCGAAAGUUUUAAGGGUAGCUUCGCCAGUUACAAAUUGGGAAGCGAGUCUGAUGUGGUCACUGUAGCAGUUAACAACGAUCUUGUCGACACGAAGAUCUAUAAUGUGUUUGGAGUCAUCAAAGGGUUUGUAGACGCAGAUAAAUAUGUUGUGAUUGGAGCACAGAGGGACUCUCUCAGCUCAGGAUAUGCCAAAUCUGCAGUUGGCACUACUCUUCUGAUGGAGCUUGCAAGAGUUUUCAUGGAAAUGAAGAAAGAUGGUUUCAAACCCAGAAGAAGCAUUGUGUUUGCCAGCUGGAGUGGAGGGGAUUUUGGCAACAUUGGAGUUACUGAAUGGCUUGAGGGCUAUUGGUCAUCAUUGGACAGACAAGCCUUUACCUACAUCAGUUUGGAUGGAGCUGUUACUGGUGUGGAUUCAUUCAGAGCUUCUGCGAGUCCUUUGUUGCACACGCUUUUGCAGAAAACCUUGGAGAUGAUAAAAAAUCCAAUUGCUUCAGGUCCAGUUGAUUCACGCCCAAGCCUUUUCCAGAGCUAUGGUGGUCAUCUUGGAUCUCUUCUGAAGCCCAUGCUGAUGGAUGAUAGUGCAUAUCCUUUUCUGGCUCUUUCUGGAAUCCCCUCCAUGUCUUUCAGUUUUGUUCCUGCUAGGUCCUCUGAUGACUAUGAGUAUUUUGGAACUGCCCUGGAUGAUAAAGAACAUCUGGGCAUUGUCACCAGACAGAAAGUGGGUGAGAUGUCCAUGGCUGCUGCUCAGGUUGCUGGCCAGAUCGCCCUCCGGCUUGUUCAUGACCACAUCCUCAGACUGGAUGUCAGCCAGUAUGCAGAGACUAUCACAAGCCACAUGAAAGCCAUCCAGGAUAUUGUUGAGGAUCUCAAAAGUAAAAAGGUAGAAAAAAUCGAGUCUUUGUCAACAAAGUGGCUGAACAUGGCAAAAAGUUCUUUUGAUCGUGCUUUAUCCAAGCUAAACCAAGUCAUCAGUAAAAGUUUUCUAGACGACUUGGAGAUGUCCCGCAUCAUCAAUAACCGCAUAAUGAAGGUGGAGCAUAAUUUUCUCUCUCCCUAUGUCUCUAUGAGAGAUGUCCCAUUCCGCCACAUUUUCUUUGGCGUUGGGUGGCAAACCGCCACAGACCUGGAAAGCUAUCUGAAAGAUGUGGCGCAACAAAAAGUGACCUUCGACAUGGACCAAGUCCUAAACAAGUUUGCUCUGCUCACCUGGACCAUCCAGGGCUGUGCCAAUGACCUGGCUGGAGAUAUCUGGUCCUUGGACAACGAGAUAUAAUAUUUUUCAGUAUUACAUCAACAAAUCUGGGCUCUAUCAUUUUUUAUUAAAAGUAUAUCUCAAAAAUCAAAACAAACCAUAAAUCCACCACGACAGAGCUUUUUGCCAUUAUGUAAUCAAAUCAAUCUUCUAAAGGCACAUUUCAGAUUCAAUUUAUCAUCCGCAGUUAUAUCUUGAAGUUGAUGCUUUUCUGAUUGAUUAAUCAGGUUAGAUGCUGAUGCUGAAGUGCAUAUGUAGAAAACAAUGUCCUUGGGUGCUAAUGGGGAAUCUCCUUGUCGCUCAUGUCAACCCCAAACUUUUGAUGGGGAUAUCUCAAAUGGGGAUAUCUCUGCCUUUGUACCCAUUUGACUGACCGAGGUUCAAAUUUACUUCUUAUUUAUCAGUGACAGUGUUCACUAUAAAAGUGUCUUUCUAUCUUUUUUUAAUAAUUUUUUAAUGAUUUCCAUUUUGAGUCAAUGUAGACCCAAGCAUUUCUGUGACAAAGCAUUACUCUGUAACAAUUAUAUUUCUAUUAUAAAAUGUGUGUGUGCGCGUGUGUGUGCGUGCGCGCGCCUCAUAUUUGACUAUUGGUUGGAUAACAUUUUCGGGAACCAUGUUUCCCAUAGAUUAUGUAUAUAUUUGUUUUUUCAUAUGUGUUUUUGUGUGGCUUUGUUUCCCACGUUACUGCUAUUAGUAACUAUGCAUACUCUGGGCAACUAUUGUUCGUUGACGUGGGUUCUAUCAAGUCAUGCCUCUGAUAUAUAAUUUUUGGGGGUCAGUUACUUUCAGUGUUUCUCCAAUCAAUGAGUCUCAUCUUUUGAGAUUACACAUUUCGUUACUAGCCUGGUCUAUAGUGGUCUCUAUUUCAAGAAGUCAUGCAUUCAUGGUGUAGUUUACACAGGCUCUUACUGAAUAAUAUUAUGUCUACGAGUAAUUUUCAUACUGCUGAUAUUACAGUAGUUGAAUGUAUGAUGACAUAUCUGACAAAGUUUGGUGGACAUGUGUUGCAUACCAUUCAGAUUCUGUCAGUAUAUUUAUAUCUUUACUCAUGGCACUUAGAAAGUUGCAUAACUUGUUUGGUUUUUGCAUGUUAAUAUGUGCAUUAAACAUAUUUGUGUUGACAAAAACCAAGCAAAUUAUCUACUCUUCAACUGUUUUUGAUGACGAAAUAGAAACUUGCAUUAUCUCUUACUCGACACAGUUUGGUUUGUCAGUGCAAUCUUCCCUUUUUCCAGUCUCCUUUUUGAUAAAUUGUAAUGGAAUUAAAAAUCCAAAUAAAUACCAGGAAAGUUAAAACUGGUGUGACAAAAUGUAUGUGUAAGAGUUACAGGCACAUGAUUGUUGAUGUUGGAACUAAUUAUUGUGUCCAAAAACUGUCAAAAUUAUUGUACUCUGUAAUAAACUUAAAAUGUACUUCAUUGCAAAACUUUGCAAACACAAGAUAUUGCACAACACUUGAAAUGGUUGUAAUUAAGUACUUUAUAAAUGCAGUGUAGGUUAAUAGAAGUGUACACAUCAAGUGUAUGUAUAUUUGUGUAAAAUCUUACAUUUUAAAGGAAUAUUCUGGGUUUAAUAAAAGUUAAGAUCAAU